CUUGUCUAUGUUUUAGCAUUUCCGGCGUUGGCGGCAUUGCUGAUACUAACACAGUUUAGAAAUGACAGUGGGCAAUCAUCGUCCGCGUUGUUUCUUUGAUAUAAGCAUAGGAGAUAAAGCAGUUGGCAGGAUUGUGUUUGAGUUGUUUGCUGAUGUUGUCCCAAAGACCUGCGAAAAUUUUAGAGCUUUGUGCACUGGUGAGUGCGGUGUCAGCGAGAAGACUGGCAACACACUUCACUACAAGGGAGCUUUGUUUCACAGAGUUGUUAAAGACUUUGUUAUCCAGGGAGGAGACUUUACCAAAUUUGAUGGCACUGGAGGAGAAUCUAUAUAUGGUGGAGUGUUUCCAGAUGAAAACUUCCAGCUGAAGCAUGAUAAAGAGUUUCUCUUGUCUAUGGCCAACAGAGGGAAAGAUACAAAUGGCAGCCAGUUUUUUAUCACAACCAGAGCUACCCCCCAUUUAGAUAAUAUUCAUGUAGUCUUUGGUCAUGUGCUGUCUGGACAAGAUAUCAUCAGGACAGUGGAGAACCUGACAGUGGAUGCUAAGAGCAGGCCCACAUCAGAGGUCAAGAUAACCAAUUGUGGAGAGCUUGUGCUGCAGUUGAAAACAAAAUCUAAGAAAAAAGCGGCGGAGUCUGACAGCUCUUCUGACUCUGAAAAAGAGACUAAAAAGAAGAAGAAGAAGAAACACCACCACAAAAGGAAGCACAAGAAGAGGGAGUCAAAAAAGAAGAAAAAAGAAAAAAAAUCUCAUUCUGAGAAUGAACAGGAGGAGUCAGAAGCACAGCCAGAGAACAAAGCUGAGAAAAAAGAAGAACCUAAUUCAGUGUUUGCAGAAAUAAGAUCAGAUGAAAUUCCAGAAGUCCCUUUUCAAAAUUUUUUAUUCAGAGGGAAAAAAGAGGAGGAGGCUAAAAAGAAUGAAAAUGAAGAAAAGAAAGAGGACAGUGAUUCCAAACCAAAGGAGCGUUCUCCACGGCGAAGAAAUGAAAGGAACAACAGACAAAUAGUUUCAUCUUCAGGUAGAAAGUUGAAGGGGCGAGGAGCAAUACGUUUUCGAAGUCGAUCCAGGUCCACCACACCACCUCAUUGGAAACAGGAACAGAGGCGAGCCAUCCCUUUGAGUGAAGUAGAAAAAAUCACUGAGAAAAAGUGGAGCAAAGGGGAGACAAUGACACUACAACCAGAGAGAGCAGACAGUAGGAGAGAUGGGGAGAACUACCUUGGGAGUAGAUUUGAAAGAGAAAGAGGAGAUGGUGACAACGAGAGACGGCUUCAAAAUGGCCGCUCCAAAAGAUACAUUCGAGAAGAGGAUGCAGACAGAAAAGAAGACAAAAAGAAACGUUCGCGUUUGGACAGCAGCUUUGAGGAAAAAGAUCAGAAGAAGACUAAAAAAGAGAAAGUUGAAGGUCCUAGGGACCAGUCUGAGGACAGUGACAUUGAAACAGGCUCUGGGGAGGAGGAUGGAGAAAUCAGGAGUAAGAAGGAUAAGGACAAGGCUAAAGAACGGAGCAAAGAGGCACGCAAUCGAAGAGAAAGUGAAAGAAUAAAAUCUGAUACUAGGAGUUCAUCCCCUGAAGACAAAAGUUCAAGAGAUAAAAAAAAUAAGCACAAAGAGACAUCACCCUCAGGUCGCAGAGAGAGCAGGAGAGAUUCUUUCAAGUCCCAUUCCCCUGUUGACAGGAAAAGUGACAGACGUGGCUCAGAAAUUGUGAAGAACAAGUCAGUACGUGGUGAAGUUUCAGAUGUAAACAAAUCCAAGUUUAGAGGUAGGGAAAUGCGUCCUUCCAAGAGCUCAGACAGAAGUGAUGAUGACUCAGCCAGCAGACGUCGAGGGGGUAAAACUAGAUCAUCACCUACUCCCAGACAAAAUCAAGAUAAGUUAAAAUCUAAUGAAAGAAAGCGUUCACGUUCUCCUGUUUCUUUAAGGAAGAAUAGGGAUGAUCACAGGCCUAGAUCAACAUCAAAGGACAGAAAUGGGGAUAAAAAAAGAAGGCGCUCUAGUUCAGAUGAAAAGUCUGGGUCAAGAGACAGAAAAAAAUUGGAUUCGCGCCAGCGUAAAGUGUCUGAUUCUAGUCCAGAGCCUAAAAAAACAGAUUCUCGUCAGCGGAAAAGGUCAGACUCUAGCUUAGAAAGAAAAAAGACAGAUUCUCGACAGCGCAAAAGGUCUGAGUCUAGUUCAGAAAGGAAAAAACUUGUACAUAGAAGAUCGGAAUCAAGCUCAGAGAGGCAUAAAACUGGAUCACGUCAGCGUAAGCGAUCAGAAUCUAGUUCUGAACGUAUUAAAGCGAAUGCUCGUCAGCGUAAGAGAUCAGAAUCUAGCUCUGAGCGUAUUAAAACUAAUAUUCGUCAACGUAAGAGAUCAGAAUCUAGCUCUGAACGCAAUAAAAUCAAUGCUAGACAUCGAAAGAGAUCAGAGUCAAGUUCAGAGAGAAAGAAAGACACCGGUAAACGUCAUAAGCGACCAAGUUCUUCUAGUUCCUCUAGUUCUGUAGAUAAAAAACCUGAAAAAGAAAGUAGAUGGAAAACAACCAUUCCAGUGAAGGUGACGUCAGACAGUCCACCACCAACUCACUGGAAGCCUGGUCAAAAAGCUUUGAAGAACUCGAGUAGAUUAGACAAACAAAAGAACUCUCUGGAUGAAGCUCCGUUAUCUGUUCUGCAAGAGACUGAGGCUCUCCUGAAAGCACAAUUGGCAGCAGACAGUAUAGAUGAGGUACUAUCCAGUCCUGCACCUAUUGCGGCUAAAAUACAAUAUAAACUGGAUAGUGAGGAACAGAUUCAGUACAGUGUCACCAUGAGCUCAACAGGUAGCAGUAAAAAUGAAAGGAAACUUCCCACUCAGGCUCCUCCCCUAAAAGUACGGUCUCGUUCAAGCUCUAGCUCAUCCAACUCAAGCUCUUCAAGGUCACGCUCAAGGUCUGCCUCAGCUAGCAAGAUAAAGACAACCAAGAGGUCUAUGAGUUCAGAGAAGGACAAGAAGCCACGUCGAUUUCAGGAGGGUAAAAAGUGGGAGCCACCAAUAGAACCUGACUAUGGAGAAAAAGAUGAUGAAACUCCUAAGUUACAACCAAUAGUCACUCCAGAUGAGCCUAGGGUAGAGGGUAGCUUGAAGAUUCCUCCACUCCCGCCAAUCGACAAAGUAGUGGAGAUGACUCCUACGGCCAUUAAACCCACGAGUACAGACAAUUCUCAGAAUAAAAAGCUGACAUCUAAGCCUUCUCCAUCCUCUUCCUCUUCAUCAAGUGAGUCUGAAAAAUCGCCUCAGAGGUCAAGAUCAAUAUCAGAAUCCCCAUCUCGCCUGAGAGCCUCCUUAUUGGAGCAGAGGAAACAAAAGACUGUUGGUUCAGAAGAGAAAGGUGUUAAAGAUUCAAAAAAGAGGCGGUCGUCUUCUCCAUCAUCAUCAUCUUCACCAGAACCACCACCUGUUAUACCCCGAGUCAACCGUUCCAGAUUUGAUAUGCCACCAAAGGAGUUAAUGGAUGCGAAGGAAAGUUCUCCCUACUCUCCUUCUUCUUUGACCAAUGCACCUCUGGAAUCUAAUCAAACUUUGCAAGAGGAUGUUAUAGUGCCCCAGCAGGAUUCUCUAUCAACUGAAACCAAAGAGAUAACACCUCCGCUCCCUGGGGCGGUUCCCCCACAGCACAGCUCAAUUUCAUUCCGUCUUUCACCAGCGGUUCCACCUCCCCUGCCACCAUUACCACCAACGGCAGAGAACACCGUCCCCCCUCCUCCGUUACCAGACACGCAGGCUAUGCCAGUGACACCAAUAGAAGUGCGCAUGGCAGCAAACAUUGACCCGUUGCAUCUGAUGAAUGUACCUUUGCCCGGUGAAAUAAAAGUGUCUCCUCCGGCUAAUAAACCUGGUCUGAAAAGUUUACCCUCUAAGGCCCCUGGUGAGGGUAAGGAAGAUGCUGAUAAAAAGUCUGACAGCUCUGAUUCCGAUUCAUCACCAUCUAAACAAAGGCCUGGCAGGAGUAUGGCCAAGAGCAGGUCUUCAUCUUCAUCCUCUUCCUCACGCUCAUCCUCCAGGGAGAACAAAAAGAAAUCUAUUUCCGCCAAAGCUUCUAGUGAUAAAUCAUUGGUGAAAGGCUCACCUGUACCUGAAGAAAAAACCUCCAAAAAAGAUGAGUCCUCAGCAACAAAAGACACUUCACCAGUUAAAACUCCACUGGUAAAGAAGACUGAUAAACCAAAAGAUGACCGAGCUGAAAAGAGAGGGGAGAGAAAGUCUUCUGACAAAAGAUCUAGAGAUAGGGAGAGUCCCAGAUUUAAAACUGGUAGAUCCACUUCUAACAGAGACAGGAAGAGAUCUCGAUCUCACUCUCGAGAUAAUAGAAAUAGGAAGAAGGUUAGUCCUUCACCAGCAAGGAGGAGAUCACGCUCCAGGUCAGCUUCCAGAAGAAAUCGCAGAUCACCACCAAGGCGCAGGUCAAGGUCUCGUUCACUUCGCAGAAGAUCCCCUAUAAGGUCAUCAUGGGCCAGUCGUCAGCGUGGCAGAUAUGACAGAUCUCCUAGAAUACGCAGAUCUAGGACUCGCAGCAGGGACAGACGUCGCCGCGGUAAUCGCAGGUCAGACAGCCGCUCCAGAAGUAGCAGUCGCAGUAGCCGAAGCAGCAGUAGGUCUAAGUCGAAGGGCAGGUCAUCCUCAUCAUCUAGUGACUGAGUUGUCCCUUGAUGUAUCGUGUUAAAGAGAUUUGGUAGUAAAUGGUCGUUGCAACCUCUACAAGCCUACAAACUUAUUAUUUUAAAGACAAUAGCUACACUGUUAUGUUGGGUUAUACACAGCUGGUUGAAUCAUUUGGUUAUGUAUUAUCGAUUGGUUGGAUCUGCUGACUCAUCCAUUUUGUGGGAUGAAUCCAGCCAAGAGAAAUUUACUUAUUGUGUGAUAAGUAGUUUUAUUUUCAUUUUUAUCAAAGUGUGAAUUUUUAUUAUUAAGUUUGUUGUUUUUGGUUGUUUUUUAUGGUAGUAAAUAAUUUUUUUUUUAUUUUAUGUGUCUAGCUAUAAAGUGAAAUAUUGAUGUUGGAAUAGCUAUUGAAAUGAAUGAUAAAUAUGAAAUUUUCAGGAAAACUUUUAGUGCUUUUAAAAAAUUCUUGGUUUCAUUGUAAUAUACAAAGUUGGUUAGUUAUAUUAAACUUAGUUUUUAAAGUUUAAUCUACAUUUUAGUUAAAUAAACCUAGAAUCCCAAUCAAUUAAUUUACUAAGGCUCAUGCUUCACAAAUUUGUUAAGGUCAGGCUAAAUUUAACAAUGCUAGAGAAAAAUUGUUAUGCUUGGAAAUAUUUUUGAAAUAAUUGACAUCUUUAUGGAAAUAAAAUUCUGCACAGAGUGUACAAUCCAGCACUGAAAGGUCCAAUUUAAUUUUCUGUCAGUGAUUUGUUAAUUGUGAUUAAUAUUCAAAUAAAUUUAAUUUUUUUAAAAUUAAUUCUGUCACAAAUUAUUAAUUUUUUAUAUAAAAAUAAAUUGAACAAUUAUUUGUACCUUUUUUUCUCUUAUUUAAUGUUUAACAUAUCUUGAAUCUAGUGAAAGCAAGUGUGUGUGUGUGUAAUGUUAAGUUUUUUUUUUAUCACUUUUUUUUUUACCAUACAACAAAAAAAUUGUUAUGUUGUAUAUAUUAAAAGUGUAUCAUGAUUAUUAGUUGUGUAUAUUUUUUUUGUUUGUUUUAAGGUCUUGUUGUUUAUAAUGAUUUCAAUAAAAGACAAAUGUUAGCUUUGUGUAGAGAAAUUAGAAAACAUUGGGUCACUAGAUGUUUUUAAGAGUAAAAAAUGAUGGUUAAGUUCUAAAGUAAAUAAGUACUGGAUAUUUGUGCAUACAGUGUAUAUGGAUAUGUAGAAAAUCUAAAUCAGAUUUUCAAAGUAAUCUAACAUGGACACAAAGAAGGCUCUGUGAACAAGACCUGCAUAAUUCCUUGUAUGGUCUAAAAGCAAAGGAGGUAAUGUACGUUCUUUGACAGUUUAAAAGAGCAUUUAAUGUCCAGCACAAUGACCAAUUACAAAAUGUAUAUGUUUUCCUGAUGGUCAUUUAUGAUAAUUUUCAUUACAGCUAAACUUCAAUGAUGUUACAAGACACUUGUCAUGGUCAUCUGACUGAUUUCGACACAUAUUUCAGUUAACAAAUGUUUACUUCAUUUAAAGAAAAAAAAUCUUCAAAAAAUAAUUUACAUCAAUUUUGAUGGUAUUCUAUUUUAAACCAGUAUUUCUUGUUAAACAAAUUAAUUGGCAUUAUGUUGCACAGUUUCAUAAGUAACGACAAAGGCAGUCAUGUACUGUAUGAACUUAAAUUAUUUCAAAAGUAAAGCUGUGUUUUGUGUUUUUGAAUAAAACAAAAAUUAUAGAUAUCACACCAUGCAAUUCUGUUCAUCUUCACCCAUGCAAAAUGCAUUUUAAAGUUCUUACUACUUUGUGUGUGUGUUCCUCUUUACAUCAUGAUGUUAUUUUGAUUGUUUUAUUACCAGCCUUUUGUAUAUCAAUUUUUUUUUAUAGCCAUUCUAGAUAUUUCUUUUGAAGUUCAGUCCAGUUGGAUAAAGAAAAAAAACAAGGUUAAUAAUAAUUUUUUUAAAAAUUUUUUCGUUUGAAAGGUAUUCUAAUUCCUUGAAUUAUUGAUAUUUUAAAAGUGGAAAAUAGCUUAUACUAAGUGCACCACUGUUUUAAUUAUAUACAAGGAAUGUCUUGUUUUAGGACUCAUUAAUUACUGUAUUGAAUUAGUCACAAUUUAGUUCAUUCCUGGUGAAUAUAUUUACUAAAGAUUCAAACAAAACAGGGUUGUACGAAACAACAUUUUGGUUAUAGUUAAGCUUUAUUAUUUGUUGUUGGGAAGUGGUAGACUGGCAGUUGGUUUUGGUUACUACUUGCAACUUGUAGGUAGGUAUCCUCAAUCCAUUUAAUAAUAUUCCCUGCCCACCCAGACAUCUAUUUAAUUAAGAAAGUGUGAUUAUUGUUAUAAAAAGGCUGACAUAAUACUGUAUAAUGUGUAGCCUAGUCCUUCAAAAGAGGCUAAGUUUUUUUUUUUGUUUUUUUUUUUUCAUUUUGAAAGUAUGUUGCAGCAGGUUUUUAUCUUCUUGUGUGAGUGAUGGACCAACACACGUAAUGUUGAUAAUGAUGGGUUCUAAUCCUCAACCAUGACUCUGCUAUUAUCUAAUUAUAUUUUAAGAAGAAUAGUUCAUCUAGGGGUAUGCAAGCCAUCAUUUUGUUUAUUAUUGCCUACUUUCUGCUACUAGUAUUAUUAAUAUUGUAAUUGGCUGCACUCAAAAUUCAAAUGCCAAGCAAAAUAAAUUGUCCAGAUUAGUUUCUCCCACCUAUGUCCCAACUGACCUGUUUUCUAAUGGUGAUAAAUGUGAAAACAAAAGAUGGACCCAAUAGUUAUAGCUAAAGUGUUAUAAAAUUAGACAAAUUUGUAAUCACUUCCAUUUUUAAAGUAUUAGCAGAGCUUUUUCAGCUUUGUUUAAAAAAUGUGUACAAUAGUUAGUUAUCCUACAUGUUAGCUUUGGACUGAGGCUGACUUCCAUUCAUUGGAAACUAACCCAGAUAGUAAUUGCCAAUAUCAGCUUUUGAUAUGUGUGUGUGUGUGUCAAAUUUCAUUCCCCCAAGUAUUACUUAUAGUGUCAAUAUUUACAGGGAAAAUGUCUGGAGAUGUGCUUGCUGUGGGAGUUGCUGGAAAGAAAUGGACUCCCUCGUUUGUACCCAGUAAGAAAGUUGUUUUUCUGGUGAGAUGUUUGCAAAGUCUAACUUGUCACCUACUUUUGUUUCAGAUAUACACACUUGUGUCUUUAAGACAUGUUUGUUGUUGUUUUUUUUUAAUUAAAAGUUAUCAAAUGUA